AGUCACUAUUCUUUUUGUUAUCGGCUCGCUUGUUGCGUUUUUAUCUACGUAAAUGGAAACUCGAAAUUGCAAGCGUCAUAUACUCGAUAUACCAAAAGUAUGCAUUUUAUAAUAUAGGAAAAUUUGGACCUCCAUUUUCCCAUUAUGAGGAUUACCAUUUUGUUCUUGGUGGUUUCGAUAUGUGUUUGUCUAGCAAAAACGCCAGAUGCACACAACAAUACUGUCACCAAGAAUGAUGCAGGCAAAAAAGCAGUCACCAAAAAAGAAAAUCCUAUAGAUAUGCUGCUUUAUUUGGCAAAUUCCUUGCUUAGGGGGGAUGUCAUUGCAUGUUUGACGAAGAUAGUGGAGGUGGUCCAAAGGCAAGAUACUGGCCUUCUUUUGGAAGUGGUCCUCAUCCUAACUCAUCGUUUCUUAACGAUAUUGCAACCUAUAUUUUACAUAAUUUUUCCCUCAACGAAAGAUAAAGGAGGCAUGGCGAUGAAUUUCAAAACUAGGGUUCAGACGAUUUCUCAUUUGAUGGGAAUGAUUAUGGAGUCCACAGCAGCGUAGAGAAAUUAUAGAGAUAAAAUGAAAUUUAUUUGA